UCGCAGGUUGCGCUAAAGAGGAAGAAGGCACGUUCUUGAUUGUCGACUUGCAUUAGCUGAGUGUAAAUAUGAAAUAUUUUAAGCGCUGAACUAUGUUGGGAAACAAGAGGAGCGUUAUGAAGAUAAUUCUCCCUGUGUUUACCAUCCUCGCUUCAGUUAUUGAGUUUUCAGCUUGCCUGACGUGGACAAAGAAUCCUGACUCCAUCACUUGCGUUUGGAGUGGUUCCGCAGUUGCUCUACAUUGGGAUUACAACCUGACUACAGAAGAACAGACUGCUUCACAGACAGCCAUUAAUUUGAUUUGGAAACGAGAUAAUGGGUCCCAUUUUGUUGGCGUUGCAGAGAAGACCUUUUUAUCUUUUAGUAGUCCACAAAAUUCGAUAAAGGAGCCAUUCAAACCACACAUUACCGUAAGCAGAUCAGAAAAGGCGACACUGAUCUUCAAUAACGUUACUAAGGAAGAUGAAGGUGUUUACCAAUUCCUUAUCGUUCUUCUUACGCUCAAUUCUUUCACAGCCACACGAAACGCCACCAUAGUAGUGAAAGUGUCAGUCUGCAUUCAUCAAGAUGUUGAGCAGCAAGUGAGUUUUGAAAGCUCAAAAGAUGUGGAAGAGUUGUUCAAGGCUCUGUCUGGAAAAACUCCAGAUUAUUGA